AUGGGCAAACGCAAGAAGUCAACUCGCACACCUGGCGCAGGGCGCAAGAAAAUGCCACCGCUUGAUACCGUAUUCACAUGUCUCUUCUGCCAUCACGAGCGCGCUGUUUCGUGCAAAAUUGACGAAAAGGCGCGUAUUGGGUACUUAAGUUGCAAGAUAUGUGGGCAAAAUUUUUCGGCAGAUACAGACACUCUAUCUCAGCCGAUUGAUGUCUAUUCACAAUGGAUUGAUGCAUGCGAGGACGUAGCCGACAAUGAUGCGGCAGGAGCCUGA